AUGGCUCAGCCCGCAAUCGAAUCACGCCUCGAAUGGUUUGCCACCCUGACCACUACACAUGCUGCGGUUCCCACAGAAGAAACCAAAUUCCAACGCAAGACUGCUAUCAUCGCCACCAUUGGUCAGGUAAACACCGUAGAGAGGCUCACUGAGUUGCGACGCGCCGGUGUUAACAUCGUGCGCAUGAACUUCUCCCAUGGCUCGUACGAGAACCACCAGAAGGUCAUUGACAACACCAGAAAGAUGGUUGCCGCCGACCCCGAGAGUCGUCCGGUUGCCAUUGCGUUGGACACAAAAGGACCCGAGAUCCGUACUGGUGCAAUGAGGGACAUGAAGGACAUCCCCAUCAAGGCUGGUCACGAGUUCAUUGUUUCCACGGACCCCAAGUACAGCGAAAUUUGCGACGACAAAGUAAUGUGGCUGGACUAUAAAAAUAUCACGAAGGUCACUGCUCCUGGCAAGCUCAUCUAUGUUGAUGAUGGUAUCCUGUCUCUCCUCGUUCUUUCGAUUGACGGGACCAAUGUCCACGUCCGCGCGCUGAACAAUGGAACGCUUUCCUCUCGCAAGGGUGUCAAUUUGCCGAAGACCGAUGUUGAUCUUCCUGCACUGUCUGAGAAGGACAAGUCUGACCUGCAAUUUGGUGUCAGGAACGGUGUCGACAUGGUCUUCGCGUCGUUCAUCCGUCGUGCAGAGGACGUCCGCCACAUCAGACAGGUACUUGGCCCGGAUGGUGCCAACAUCAAGAUCAUUGUGAAGAUCGAGAACGAACAGGGUGUCGCGAACUUUGACGAGAUUUUGAGGGAGACCGACGGUGUUAUGGUUGCGCGUGGUGACCUUGGUAUCGAGAUUCCUGCCAGCCAGGUAUUUUUGGCACAGAAGAUGAUGAUAGCGAAGUGCAACAUGGCCGGCAAGCCUGUCAUCGUUGCCACCCAAAUGCUGGAGUCCAUGACAUACAACCCCAGACCUACCCGUGCUGAGGUCAGCGACGUCGCAAACGCUGUGCUCGAUGGUGCAGAUUGUGUAAUGCUGUCUGGUGAGACAGCGAAGGGCUCGUACCCAAUUCAGUCGGUUUUGAUGAUGGCCGAGACUUGUCUGCUCGCAGAAGCCGCCAUCUGCUACCCCCCUCUGUAUGACGACUUGAGGGCUUGCACGCCUCGUCCUACGGAGACCGUCGAGACCGUGGCCAUUGCUGCAGUGGCAGCUGCGUCCGAGCAGAAUGCCGGCGCUAUCAUCGUCUUGUCGACGAGCGGCAACACCGCGCGUCUCGUUUCCAAGUACAGACCCAGCAUGCCUAUCAUCACAGUCACUCGCAACCAGCAGACCGCCCGCCAGAUCCACCUUCACCGAGGAUGCUAUCCCUUCUGGUAUCCUGAGCCACGUGGAAUCUCGAGUGCCCAAUGGCAGACCGAUGUGGACAACCGCAUCCGGUUCGGACUGCGCAAUGCGCUGAAGCUGAACAUCAUCAAGACGGGUACCACUGUUGUAGCUGUGCAGGGCUGGAAGGGCGGUCUUGGACACACAAACACGCUGCGCAUCUUGUCUGUGCCGACCGACCCCGCUGACCUUGAGCUGCAGCCUCUCGGUUCAGGGUCAGGCUAG